UGGUAUAUUACGUUGUAACCCCGGACAGUCCCAGUCGGCUCCCCCCCUCGCAGCUCCGCAGUAGCUCUCUCCCUCCUUCUCUUCCUCCCUCUCUCUGUUUAGCCGGUUAGCAUCAUGGCGAACGUUGUGGAUACUAAGCUCUACGACAUCCUCGGAGUUUCACCUUCUGCCUCUGAGAAUGAACUCAAAAAGGUACGUAGCCUUAAAGAAAUUAAGAAAUUUGUUGGACUAGCAACCGAAAAAGCCUAAUAUGGAAAGGGUCGGACGAAUAAAAUGUGGCCUAUAUCGUGAGCUUGCUGGUUUACUGAACGCCAAGCUAAAUGUACUUAGCAGCUACUAACUACUGUAGGGAUCGGUGUUUUUGAAUAUAAACGAAGCUAGACUCUGUUUUGAGAAAUGCUGUAAAUGGGAGAGAUUUUUAGCAUUUCAGUUGAACUCGUUUAGAGGAAAAAGGCCUGGCUGAAAAUCAAGAAACACUCUUGUGACCACGAGUGUGAUAGCUUACCGGCCGUUAGCUUCGGAUGAUAGCCUUGUUCCAGCAAAUAGCCGUCACCAAACCGAGCAGAAGAGACUUUAAACGAUAGCAGAGCAAUUCUACCAGCUUAAUAUGAACUGCAUAUGUUGUGAAAGUGUUUGUUUGUCAUGGGGUUAUAUUUUCUGAACAUUUGACUCCAUAUUUGUUGAUGAGUAAUAGACAAGCUCGAUGUAGCUUCGAGCUAACGUUAACGUAACCCUGAUCUAUAGCUAACUGUAUACACAGCGCUGAUCGGUGUAGUUGUGCAUUUCCGAAUGAACUCCAUUCUUUAAGGUUAAAACUCUUUACAAAUUCGACUUUAGACAUUUAACUUUAUGUCUUAACUUAACGCUCAUCUCCACGCCACGUCUCAAAUUAAUGUGUUAAUGUAUUGUUUCUAACAAAUAACUGACAGUUUCAUCUCAGCCCCUCCGCUUUGAAAAAAUGCAAUUGAACAAACUGGUUCGUAAACAGCCACAGAGGAAAUUAAUGCCUUCUUAACGUCACUAUAAAAUGCGAUUUUGUUUUACAGGGAAUGUUAGAUUUGCCAGAAAACCAAACCAUUUAUCAGCUGUUUUACUCCUCUGCUGCCAAAGCAGGUGGAUUCACGACAUGCACAAUUUCAUGAGGCUGUGUGAAGACUGGCUUUUCACAAACGUGUCAAGAGAUGUCAGAGGCAGUGAUGCUCUUGCUGGUGUCCCGAUGUUUUUGACAGCAGACCCACAAGCCUGGCCCUUGGCUAUCAGGGCUGUUACAGACAGUUAAUACACUUAGAGAUGCCUGCAGUGCUUUUUCACAUAGUUGACAUUUCCUUCGAUUUGGUUUGUUUCAGGCCUACCGCAAAUUGGCCAAGGAGUACCAUCCUGACAAGAACCCUGAUGCUGGAGACAAGGUUUGUUGCAUUAUGUGCAUUUUAUGCCACCAGCAGAAAGCAAUAUAUAGCAGUAAUACUGCUUACAAUAGUGCAGAUGCUCAACAGUUGGGACUGAUCAAUGAGGCUUCAGUAUGAAAAAAGUCUUGGCCUAAUUCUUUGAGAACAAACUUUAGAUGGAUAAGAGCAAAGAACAUGAAACAGAUCGUCCCAGGAGAGAAUUGCACCAGUUUUUUUCAUCUGCACUACUCUGUGACUCAGUCUCUCUGAUUCUGCUUUAAUGUGACAUAAGAGACUAAAUCGUCAUUUUUGUUUGUUUGCGCUUUGUAAAAGGGGCUUACUGUUAUGUUUUGUUUGUGUGUUAUUCACUCUGUCAAGCUGUUGCAUUGUCAGUUUAGUUUCUUCUUCUUCUUCUUUACAGUUUAAAGAGAUCAGUUUUGCGUACGAGGUACUGACAAAUCCGGAAAAGAAGGAGCUUUAUGAUCGCUAUGGAGAACAGGGGCUACGAGAGGGAGGAGGUGGAGGACCUGGCAUGGAUGAUAUCUUCUCUCAUAUUUUUGGUGGAGGACUUUUUGGGUUCAUGGGGGGGCAGGGCAGAGGACGCAAUGGAGGCAAGAGAAGAGGAGAGGAUAUGGUUCAUCCUCUGAAGUAAGUGUGUUACCUAAGAUUGAGUUAUGGUGUUGAAGGUGAAAUAUACAUCACAAAAUUCAGUAACCCUUUUCACCCCACAGAGUUUCUCUUGAAGACCUCUACAAUGGCAAAACCACAAAACUGCAGCUCAGUAAGAAUGUCCUGUGUGGUGCUUGUAAUGGGUGAGUUCAAAAAUGUAACCAAACAGUAUUGUGCCUAUAGUUUCAAAGCCCUGACCCAAGAUGGUGGGUUCCAGUUUUUUGUUGCUGACUAAUUCAACUCUUCACUGUUUGCCUUUUUAGGCAGGGGGGUAAGGCAGGAGCAGUGCAGAAAUGUGUUGCAUGCAGAGGACGGGGUAUGAGGAUCAUGAUUAGACAACUCGCUCCCGGGAUGGUCCAACAGAUGCAGUCUGUCUGCACAGACUGCAAUGGAGAGGGUAAUAUGUCUAUAAAUAUCCACAGACUCUCUGACCCAAUACACAGAUGAUGUAAAUUUCUGAGAACAAUUGUUGUCUGAAAUCUUCACAUCUGUUUGUUUGCUUGUGCAGGGGAAGUGAUAAAUGAGAAGGACCGCUGCAGAAAGUGUGAGGGUCACAAGGUGUGCAAGGAAACAAAGCUUCUGGAGGUGCAUGUGGACAAAGGCAUGAGACAUGGACAAAAGAUCACAUUCUCUGGGGAAGCUGAUCAAGCACCAGGUGUUGAACCGGGAGAUAUUGUCCUGGUGCUGCAAGAGAAAGAACACGAGGUAAAAAGUUUGCUAAUUCUACUGAGUCUUAAGCAACCAAUAUUCAGAUUUAACAAAAAGGUUGUAUUGAUCUAAAGCAACAAAUUAUGGAUUUCAAUCUAUCUCAGGAUUUCCGCCGUGAAGGCAGUGACCUUCACAUGGUCCAGCGUAUUGGCCUGGUUGAGGCUUUGUGUGGUUUCCAGAUGACAGUUGCACACCUUGAUGGACGUCAGUUGCUUGUCAAAUACCCUCCCGGCAAGGUCAUUGAGCCAGGUAACCAUAUCUUCCUAACCACACUUAUUCAUGUUCAGUAUUGUUAGUGGCCUAUAAGACUAAGUGUAAAUAAAACAAAUCCCAGCCAUGAGCAAAAUUACGAGCAAACUUUUGAUGUUUUUAAAAUUGUGAUUGUGUUAGUUAAUAAAAUAAACAGUGCCCAGGCGUUAUAAUGCAUUUUAAUCUCGUCUGUGUCAGGCUGUAUGCGAAUGGUGAAAGGCGAGGGAAUGCCUCAGUACAGAAAUCCAUUUGAGAAGGGAGACCUUUACGUCAAGUUUGACGUCCAGUUCCCUGAAAAUGACUGGAUUAAACCGGAGAAGCUGAAUGUGAGUUGCCAUGUUUAAAUCCUCUGAUUUGGAUCAUUUUACUCCACACGAUUGGUUUUAAUGUUACAUUUUUAUUAAAACCAAACCAAUUAUUUUCAGGAACUCGAGUGCUUGCUGCCUGCCCGAGCUGAGAAUCCUGUAAUUGCUGCAGAUGCAGAGGAGGUUGACCUGACAGAUUUUGACAGGAGUCAAGGGUCAGGAGGUGGAGCCAGGAGAGAGGCCUACAAUGAUAGUUCUGAUGAGGAAGGGGGCCAUCACGGGCCAGGGGUGCAGUGUGCACAUCAAUAAAAAAGACUCAUACAUGAAGACAUGCGCACACAUAAAGACAUGAACAUCCCUGAAGUCCCAUCGCUAACACCAUUCAAGACUUGAUGCUCAUACAUGCACACCUCUCUCCUUUCAUGAUCCCCAUGAAAAAGAAGAGAAACACCAAUACACUCAUACAGGUCUAUCAACCCUCCUCAGUUCCAUGGUGCCCAUAUGUCAGAAAAAUGCUGGACGUGUGAUGACUGUUUUGUGUUGGACAGUAGUGUUUAUCAAAGCCUCCAGCAAGAAGGUGGUGUCAUUCUCAGAAAUUCACAGACUGAGCUUGACUUGAACCUUUCUGUUUUUCAUCACAGGCUUUUACCUUCCACUGUGGGAAACACCAGUCUAGUGUAUAAAAAGAAUUAUUGUUAACUAUCUUGUAUAAGGUGUAGUCUAUUCCGUCACACACAAGCGCAUGCUGCUUUCUUGCUGAAGAUUUUGCACAUGUAGAUCCAGCAUCUGGACACAACCGAGAAAUCUGACACCACAACUGUUUGGAUUUUAGUGUCACUGCUAUCGAAGUGCCCUGCUAAGAGCUGACCUGACUACACCCCUAGAAGUGUGCCCUCUGCACAGCCUGUUGAGAUACACACACAGGUUCAAUCCACCUCAUCUGUAAGAAUAAAGUCAUCAUAUAAAAAUGGGUUUUAAAUUGGACUGGUACUGUUUGGUCCCCAGCUGUCACAUUUCUAAAAUAUUAAAGGUCUGCUCAUAGCAACAGAAGGCACCAUGUUUCCUUAGUUUGAACUUUUAGCUUGUUUGUCUUUGUUGGUUUGAAUGCUAUUUUGUUAAAGACCACAGAACUUGAACCUAAGUUGUGUACACUUUGUUUGAGGACACACUCAUGUACUUUGUAUGUGUGUAAUGCAGUAGCUCGAUGUGUGCGUGAGCUGCUGCGGAAUGUUCCGGCUUAUUAGAGUGAUAGGUAAUUCCUGCUUUGUGUUGGACUGCAGUGUGAGUGGGGUUGAUAGAGGAGGUAAAAACAGAAUGUUUAUUCACGAAAAAUCUCUCCCAUGUAGACAUUUUCCCCCUCUACACUUCAGGACUGAGGGAUCCUCCUCUCUUGCAGGAAAACCACUGGGCCCAGACCAGCCCUCUGUAUUGUACAUACACCCCUUGCCCCGCCCCCUCCGUAGAGUCGGCAGCCAAACAUGUUACAAUAUUCCCAUCCUCAUAAACCUGUAAAUAAAUACAGCCAUAGUCCAUAGGUGCAUUCAGAGUCUACAGCAGUGUCCUUUGUCUAGUCACAUUAUUUCUUACGCAAGUGAGUAAUGGCCAGCAGUGCCAAUAUUAAUGUUUUGUUCACAUGGAGAGAUGUUGAUGGAACCUCUGUAGACUGUUUACAUGCACCUCUGUGACUCAUUGUGUAUGUAAUUUAGGCCACAGGGGAUACUGUGUACACAACUAAAGGGGGGUCAUUGAAAAAUGACAUUAUUGUUGAUGCUUAUGUUUGUCGAGAUGAUAAUUAAACUGUCUAAUAAACAGUCACUUCAAGUUUGA